CACGCUGAGGGUUCACAGUUCAGGGGUUGCCAAGGAGAGAGGAAGAUGGCGGCAGGCGGACUGAGCUGUAAGCAGCGCUGAAACAGAUUUGAUUGGCAGAUAUUACUGACGAGUAAAGCUGAGUCUGGCGAACAUUCUUUAAGACUGUACUUAGACGAAAUAAGGACGCUAAUGGCGCUGCUUUACGGCUUGUUAUGGCGGUUCUUGCUGGUUCUGGUGCACGCCAACAGAGCGCUUGUCUCCUGGCUCCGUGUCCGCCUUCGGAGCUGGAAAGGCCGGCUGUGGGAGCGUACGAUAGCCGCUCUUCUUCUGCCCUCAGCCCUAGCACGGUUCCCAGACCAUCAGAAGAAGUUAAAUCAUAAUAACCCUGAUGCUAACGCUAACCCGGUGAACCGUACUGCCAGUCGCCGGUCACGGUGGCUGUCUGACGGCAGGUCUUUGGAGAAGCUGCCGGUCCACAUCGGCCUGUUGGUCGCGGAAGAAGAGCCUAGUUAUACGGACAUAGCAAACCUGGUGGUCUGGUGUAUGGCUGUUGGUAUAUCUUAUGUCAGCGUCUAUGAUAAUCACGGUAUUUUCCGGAAGAACAACUCCCGUAUGCUGGAGGAGAUAGUAAAGCAGCAGCAGGACUUGCUAGGUGUAGACGGAUCCAAAUGCAAUGUGGAGUUCCUGAGCAAUGGCAGUGACAAACACCAGCACCAUGUGGUGUCCUGCAGGCCCACAGUGAAGGUGUUGUCUCCAGAGGACGGAAAGCAGACCAUUGUCCAGGCAGCACAGCAGCUCUGUCGCUCUGUGGAGAACAAAGAGAGGAGUUCCAAAGACAUCAGCGUCUCCAUGCUGGACAUACUGCUCAGAG